AAAUUUUUUGUACUAAUCCUCUUGUUCUCUUCCAAGAAUAACAAGCAUAGCUGCAGAAUUAUAAGAAGAAUUUUCACCAAGCAAUUGUUUCUGCUACUGAUUCUUUCUCACAAAUCCAAGCAAAACAUGAAGAAAAUGGAGCUUUUCUGUGCUUCGCCUUCUUCCACUGCUAUCUGCUCAAGCCUAGACCAUCGUUAUAUGGUCCGCAGAGGCAGCACGAGACCCAUUGAGUACCAGAAAUCAAAGAGUUAUAAGCGUUCUGCGAAUAAGCAAGGUGAAUUUUCCAGGAAAAUCUCUGCUGAUGAUAAUAGUAGAGAGACUGGGAUUGCUGCUUGUGCUAAGAAAGUGAAUGAUUUACGUAGAAAAAACUCUGCUGAUCAUCAAACAAGUGAUCUCCAUAGUCCAAGAGGAUCAUCCUCUAGGUACCUUCUGAAUGAUGAUAAAGUUCCUUACAUUGAUUGGAUUUCUGAGUCUGAUCAACGUUCCAAGCCUAGCCAUAAAGGCUCAAAUGAUUCUCCUGCUCUUGCUCGAAGAUCUUCUUCUCUAGCUAAUUGCUCUCGUGAUUGGAUUUUGGAGCCUUAUCAAACUACAAAGCCUAAGAACUCUAGCUUUGUUGGUCAUGCUCCUGCUUUAAAAUCUUCUUCCUCAGCUCGUUCCCAUGACCAGGUAGUGGUUUUGUGGGUGUCAAUCCAUUGCAAGGGCUGUGAAGGAAAAGUGAGAAAGCAUAUUUCCAAAAUGGAAGGAGUAACAUCAUUCAGUAUAGAUUUGGCUGCAAAGAAAGUUACUGUCAUAGGAAAUGUGACCCCAUUAGGUGUUCUUGCUAGUUUGUCCAAGGUGAAGAAUGCUCAGCUUUGGCCGUUUCCGGUGACAUCUUCGACUCCAUCGUCCAUACCCUCCACCGGAUGGUCGACCUGAGUUAUAUAUAUGGAUAGAGCUAACUAGGGUUUUUAUCUUCUUUAUAAUUUUUUUUGUUGAGUUAAUUUUCAGUGUGUGAAGACUCACAUUUUAUGUGAUUUUUUAUUAUUAAUUAGCUAUUUUUAAUUGCUAAUGACAAUC